CCGUCCUUCGUUAAGUUCGAUGCUGUGAGUUGCUGUCAGUUUCCUGAAGUUUUCGUGAUUGCUGAAAAUUCUUUUCUGCUCAUUUUCACCAGAAAUCCAGCGCAAAAAUGCUCGGUCGUGCAUCCACUCUGGUCAGAAGCACCCUCAGCAACUCCAUCCGCUAUGGGUCACAUGGAGGAGUGCCUGGAGAAAAUCUUCCCUUCGGGCUCCACAAUAGGUACCGUCUGACGGCUUGGUUCUGCGUGUUCUUCGGCUCUGGACUGACUCUGCCCUUCUUCGUGGUCAGACAUCAGCUGCUGAAGAUGUAAAUGAUGUUCCCAGCCGAUAGUCCAGGCAUAAUUGAUGUAAUUAAAUGAAGAGUAUCCCAGA